CUGCUGGGACAGCGUAGUACGUGCUCUACGUCAUGACGCAGUACUUUUAGGUCUGUCUCGCCCUGCCCCGCUACUCGAGCCGACACAUUCUUCUUUUCGCCGACGCCCGGGACACACCUCAGCCUUCGCAGGAACAUGUCUGACUUCUCGGAAGAUCAAAUCAUGGAGUUUAAGGAGGCAUUCCUGCUGUUCGACAAAACAGGGGAUGGGAAGAUCAACUACAGCCAGUGUGGGGACGUCAUGCGGGCCCUGGGACAGAACCCUGUCAACGCUGAGGUGCUCAAGGUCCUGGGCAACCCCAAGGCUGAGGAGAUGAACAUCAAGAUGCUGGAGUUUGAGCAGUUCCUGCCCAUGUUCCAGGCCAUUGCUAAGAAUAAAGAUCAGGGCUCCAUGGAGGAUUUUGUGGAGGGACUGCGUGUCUUUGACAAGGAGGGCAACGGCACAGUAAUGGGAGCAGAGCUACGUCACGUCCUGACCACACUUGGUGAGAAAAUGUCAGAGGAGGAAGUGGAGACGCUCUUGGCGGGACACGAAGAUGCAAAUGGAUGCAUCAAUUAUGAAGCAUUUGUUCGCCACAUCAUGUCAGGCUGAGGGCCGGUACGGGCAUUGGAACUGGUCAGGAUGGUGAUGAACGGGUGAAGAGGAAGGGCAUCCCACUUUUUUUUCCUCUUUUUUUUUUUUUUUUACCCUAUCACAUGUACUCUCCUUUUGCAGUUGGCUUCUACAUUGCCCACCCCCUCCUCAUUCCAUGGAUUAGUUUUCCACAUUUAAUUUAAGAAGUGCCUUUACAUUCCCUUCUAAAGACCACAAAUAAUCUGGCUAUUGCCCCCAAUUAUGUUGUUUGCAUUUAAAUAAAUGUUUUCCCCGAAAACUUA